CCCCACAAGCAGCGAAAGCGACCAGUUCUGCUGUCUGGCGCCCCCCGAGCGACGCGACGAGCAUUGUCUCGUCCUCACCCCCGCCCGCCCUCGCCAUGUCUUCAUCUGGCGCAGCAGCAGUGGCCCAGUCUGCCGGCCAGAAUCCCCAGCAGGAACAGCAACCGCGACAUGGCUUCAACUUCAACCGCCUCUUCCUCGGCGGCGCCGUCUACCUGGGCAUCAACGUCCUCAUCUCCUACAUGACGCAAAAGGACCAAAAGGGCGUCCUCAAGACCGACCCCGCGACCGGUAAGACCAUCACCGUCACGGGAAACACGGGAAGCAUCCCGCCGUUCCAGUUCCGCCCCAAGGAGCUCGACGAGGGCGCCACGUACUCGCCGAUCCCUCGAAAAAUUGCGCCCAUCUGGCCCCAGGACAGCCAUGUCGACAUUGUCGUGACGCUGUCGCCGUCCUUCAACCCGACGCCCAUCUCCCAGACGCCCGCCGAGUACCUUGUCCUGCAGGAGAAGAACUUUGGCAUGGGCAACAGCUCCGAGGCGCGCACCAUUGAUACCACUUUCCCUGUCCCCAAGGCCGUGCAGAACAAUGGCACGCUCUGGGGUCACUUCUACAUCGGCCUCACCGGCAGCGCGCUCGACCCCAAGCAGCCAGGCUAUGACUCGGGCAAGGCCUACCACUUCGCCUAUCCGAUGACGCAGUACUUGCCCAAGAAGAAGGUUUCCAAGACGAGAAAUUUGCUCGAGGCUCGCACGGAGAACGAGGAAGAGGAGCCUAAGGAGGAAGUGCCUACGGGGCCCAUCAUCACGAACCACUAUCACCCCAAUGCCAGCUUCGCCUUCGUCCCUGGCAUGGGCGUCCGGGACUUUGCGCAGCUUCCCCCCGCCGUCAAGCAGUUUCUGCGCCUCGAGGCGACGGGUGCUCGCGACGGCAGCGGCCAUAAUGGCUGGUACUGUAGGUUAUCGCCCGCUUCCCCAACAACGGCUUGGUGCUAA